AUGCUAUGGUCAGUGGAAUGGGAUCACGUCAUCCAUUGCAACUUCAUCUUUGUUCCAAAAGCCUUGGCUACUUCCAUGUUCAACUUCUUUGCAGGUGGGUAUGAAGUGGUGAACAUCAUUCAUGAGAGGCUGAAACCUUCAGUGUUGGCCUCGUCCCUGAAAAUCAUCCGGAUCUUCAUGGUAUUUGCUCUCAUUAUAUCCUUCUUAGCUAUGACAUCUUCAUUGCCAUGGGAGAGGCUCAUUUACGACGACUGCCCCUUUCUUCCCAAAGCCCUGCUGAUUUCCACCUUCAGCUUCAUUACAGCGAAUCUGGACUUCGUCCGGAGCUUCAUGUUGGUUGCUGCCUUCUCUAGCUUCAUGGCCAUAUUGUGCUCAGUAGAACUGGAGUACUUGGAGACCCACUUAGAGGACGUUUUCCCAGAAGGUCCCGUUGCUGCCAUCUGGAACUUUAUCUCAGGAAUCUGUGUGCUGAUUGCUGUGGAGCUAUUUGACACUUCAGUCAGUGAGGCAGUGGGGCCGGUGUUGCAGAACCUUGCUGAUAAAUGGGCUUUUUUCCUAAGUUAUGCUGUCUGUGUCCUCUGCUUCAUCACAGGCUUCCGCCAUUCUGAAGAGGGCUACUUGACCUUCCGAUACAAGUUCUUCGCCAGGAUCUUCAGCUGUAUGGGUCUUGUCUUUUUGUUUGUCACGCUGGUCUCUCCAUUCUGGAUUGUGAUCAUCAGCAAAGAUUAUACUGUCAACUUGGGUCUCUGGAACAUGUGCAAGGCCACAAGCUGCAAAAAAAUUACGCUGGACUCCAGAAUCCUCAUCAUCACCAGAAUCUUGAUGUCCUUCAGCACUGUCAAUGGUUUGGUAGCAGCUGCCUGCACAUUCCUCUCCAGUUCCACCUUUAAGGUAUCCAAGUGGCCAAUUAUCACCAAUUUCUGGACAGGAAUCACAUCUUUGCUCACCAUGCUGUUGUAUGGCCUGUCACUAAGGCCUAACAGCCCCUUUGACAGCCCUGUCCCUAGUACAACUGCUCCAAAGUAUGUCUCCUGGGCCUUUGUGAUGGGCUGCAUCGCCUGCUUCCUGUUCCUGCUGACUGCCAACGUUCAGGGUGCCCGGACACUAUUGGUCAUGGCUCUUUUCUGUGGGAUUGUCGGUGCCUCAUUUAUGACAUUCAGCUACCGCUAUUCCUCCUCUUUUACAAUAUAUCGUUACCUGGUUGCUGCAAUGGGAUCUUUGAUUGCAGCUGCCUUGGUGUUUUUAGCUCUGAGCAUUUACACCAUCCGCAUCUCCACGCACAUAAUCAGCAGAACAGGCAAGGUCAAGUACCUGUGGACUUUCUACGUGGCCUGGACAUCCUGCCCUUUCUUCAUCUUAAGUGGUUUGUUUAGUCUGAUGGCACAUCAGCGGUUACUGAUGCAUGGGUCCAGCUUGACAGAUGGGGAUAGCACAAUCACUUCAAGCUCCUCCGAGUGGACAACUGAGUCUUCCAGCUAUCUGGAAAAUGAAGAUGUAGAAAAAAAGGUGUCUGGGCAAUAUAAUCUGAAGCUUCACAGGCCCUCAUUGGCAUGA